GCCCCCUGCAUUUGUUAAGAAACCCUCUCUGUAUCACUGGCUUCCUGCCUAUUUGCAUUUGAACCCCAGCGAUGAUCUCCAUCACUUCCGCCGAGUUGAACUACCUAGUUUUCCGUUAUCUCCACGAAUCAGGUUUUACACAUUCGGCUUUUGCUUUUGGAUAUGAAGCCGGGAUUAAUAAAAGCUCAAUUGAUGGUAACUUAGUUCCACCAGGUGCUCUUGUUAGAUUUGUUCAAAAAGGAAUUCAGUAUCUUGAGCUGGAGGCAGAUUUGAGUAGUACGAAUGGUGACAUGGAUGAUGAUUUCUCAUUUCUACAACCUUUGGAUCUUAUUACAAAGGAUCCCUAUGAACUACAGAAAAUCAUAAAAGCUAAAAAGGAAAAUCUACAAAAGGAUAGACAUGAAGAAAAUGGGAAACAUCAUAAUGAAUACAAUCAGGAAAAUGAACGGGAACAUGCACAAGAAAGAGAGAAGGAGAAAAAAGGAAGAGAAAAAGAGCAAGAACAGGAUAAAGAGAAGAUAGAGAAGGAUAGGGAGCAAGAAAAGGGUAAAGAUAAGGAAAAGUCACAACAGGAUCACUUCAAUGGAGAAAAGUGUGAAGAUAAGGUCAUAAUGGAAUAUGAAGAAAAUGGAGCUUUUGGAGGGACAGAGCCAAUGGACAUCUCUACAAGCUCAACAUCCUUGCCUUGUGACAUUUCUAGUUGUGAUGUAACAAUUCUGGAAGGCCAUACCUCAGAGGUUUUUGCUUGUGCAUGGAGUCCAUCAGGUUUGCUGCUUGCAUCUGGGUCUGGAGAUUCAAGUGCGAGAAUUUGGACCAUUGCGGAUGGACCCAGUAGCUCUAGUGCGCAAAAUGGACCUACAAAUGUUGUGGUGCUGAAGCAUUUCAGAGGUAGAACCAAUGAGAAAAGCAAGGAUGUAACAACACUUGAUUGGAAUGGGGAUGGGACAUUACUUGCAACGGGUUCUUAUGAUGGGCAAGCAAGAAUAUGGAGUAGAGAUGGGGAGUUAAGAAGUACAUUAAACAAACAUAAAGGUCCAAUCUUUUCUCUGAAGUGGAACAAGAAGGGUGAUUAUCUUCUUAGUGGCAGUGUGGAUAAAACUGCAAUUGUGUGGGACAUAAAGACCGGGGAAUGGAAACAGCAAUUUGAAUUUCAUUCAGGCCCUACCCUUGAUGUUGAUUGGCGAAACAAUGUUUCAUUUGCAACAUGCUCCACUGACAGUACAAUAAAUGUUUGCAAGGUUGGAGAGAAUCGACCAAUCAAAACUUUCUCAGGGCAUCAGGGUGAAGUUAAUGCUAUCAAAUGGGAUCCAACAGGUUCACUGUUGGCUUCUUGCUCUGAUGAUUACACUGCAAAGAUAUGGAGUAUGAAACAGGACAAGUAUUUGCACGAUUUGAAGGAGCAUGUUAAGGAGAUAUAUACUAUCCGAUGGAGUCCCACAGGACCAGGCACAAACAAUCCUAAUCAGCAGUUAUUGCUUGCAAGCGCUUCCUUUGACUCAACAAUAAAGCUUUGGGAUGUGGAACUAGGGAGACUCAUCUGCAGCUUGAAUGGUCACAGGGAUCCUGUAUACUCUGUUGCAUUCAGCCCCAAUGGUGAGUAUUUGGCCAGUGGAUCUAUGGAUAAAUGCAUGCACAUAUGGUCUGUGAAGGAAGCAAAAAUUGUGAAAACAUACACUGGAAAUGGUGGGAUUUUUGAAGUUUGCUGGAACAAGGAAGGUGAUAAGGUUGCCGCUUGUUUUGCUAACAACGUAGUUUGUGUCUUAGAUUUCCGAAUGUAGAACUUGAAUAUUUCUGAUCAAUUCAUUCAUCUUUAAGCACCGUGAUGGGAUGGCCUUGAAAAAGGGAGGGGGGUGUUAUCAGUUCUUUCUGUACAGUGCUAUUUGUGAUAUGUACCUCCGAUUCAGAACAUAUUUUUUACGGAUUUCUAAUAUAAAUGGUGGCUCCGGUUGA